CUNCCCCCCCUCCCCACCUCCUAUAAUCAAUCAAUCAUGAAAGGAAAAUGGAAAGUACCUUUUUGGGUGCUAUUGGCGUUGUACUGUCUACUUCUAUCUCAGUCGUUUAAGGGUUGUUUUUCUGCCUUUAGUCUGCCUCGUCCCUCUUGGAAGAAACAGUCCAAGUUUGGUUCCUCUCUUGUUUUUCCUCUAGCUGGAAACGUGUAUCCUAAAGGGUAUUAUCAGGUGACAAUCAAUGUUGGCCAACCUCCCAAACCUUACUUUCUUGAUAUAGACACUGGUAGUGAUCUCACUUGGCUUCAGUGUGAUGCACCUUGUGCCAAAUGCGCUCCGGCUCCUCACAGUCUGUACAAACCGAAUAAAAAUAUUGUCAAGUGUAAGGAUCCUGUAUGUGCAUCCCUUCACUUACCUGCAAACCAUCACUGUCACACCCCUGACGAGCAAUGCGACUAUGAGGUUGAGUAUGCAGAUCAUGGUUCGUCGUUGGGAGUUCUGGUGAAAGACGCAUUUCCACUAAGAUUCACCAAUGGUAGCACCGUUUCACCUCCUCUAGUGUUUGGUUGUGGGUACAAUCAAGAAGUGCCAGCCUCUACUCCUGCACCUUUUACCGAUGGAAUUCUUGGUCUAGGAAAUGGAAAAUCAAGCGUUCUAUCACAGCUGAGUAGCUUGGGUCUUAUCCGGCAUGUAGUAGGUCACUGUCUAAGCGGGCAAGGUGGAGGUUUUCUUUUCUUUGGAGAUGAUGUCCUCCCGUCUUCUGGGAUUGUUUGGACACCUAUUGUGCGUGCAUCUUCAGAGAAACACUAUUCUUUGGGACCUGCAGAUCUCCUAUUCAGUGGGCAGGCAACUGGAAUAAAGGGUAUACCAAUAAUUUUUGACAGCGGAAGUACUUACAGUUACUUUAAUUCUGACGCUUACAAAAUUCUGGUGUCUUCGAUUAAGAAAGACAUAAAUACAAAGCAGCUGACCGAGGCAGUGGACGACAAAAGCUUACCUGUCUGCUGGAAAGUCUCCAAAAGCUUCAAAUCCAUUCAUGAUGCCAAGAGCUACUUCAAGCCAUUAACACUUAGUUUCACAAAAGCUAAAAAUGUUCAGCUUCAACUGCCACCUGAGGCCUAUCUUGUUCGAACUGAGCAUGGCAAUAUAUGCUUAGGCAUAUUGGAUGGUUCUGAGGUUGGAUUAGGAAAUUAUAAUAUCAUUGGAGAUAUUUCUAUGGUAGACAAAAUGGUGAUUUACGACAACGAGAAACAACAGAUUGGUUGGGUUUCAGCAAACUGCAACAAGCUUCCAUAGUCCUGCAUAUAUCAUGGUUACAGUGAAGGUUUUGGCGACCCCUACCGAAAAAUACAUGUUAAUGUGUAAUAGGAAGAAGUAGAGGCAGAAAGUAUGUCACUAUUGUGAGUAAUGCGGCUUGUAUGCCGAUGUUUGUAAUCGUGCAGAGGAGCAAAUUUAAUUGAUUGGUCAUACAGAAAUUUCACUGUAAUCAUCCAUACAACAUAUAAUAGCAGUCAGUGUAUAUUCAGUUCAUCUCCAAA